UUUGGGAUGGGCAUUCACAAGCUCUAUGGCGUCAAGAUCGCGACGGCCUACUCCUGCCCUGCUCGGCCGACGCCUCGAUCGGAUCACGGCAGCGGCGGCGGCAGCUCCAGACUGCUGGGAUCCGGUGAUUUGGAGGCGACGCAGCAGCAGGAGGAGUGGUGCUUGAGGUCUCUAUGGGAGCGCCGGCCAAAUUUCUUGCGAGCGUUCCAUUCUUCACACAGAGGUGAUAGAAACCUCGUGGAAACUGUUAUAAACGUUGCUACUUCGUUGCCGUUUGUUUUGAUUGGGAUCCAAAUGCCAAGGCAAAAGCCGCUCACUAGACUAUAUGCUGAUUCUUUGAUCGGUGUCGGCCUCGCGUCAACUUUGUUUCACGCAUCGCGUGGAGAGGCUCGAAAGUAUUUUCGAUGGGUAGACUAUACCAUGAUCGCUACUUCAACUCUGUGCCUGUCGAGAGCUCUACAAACGGACAGCUCCAAAGCUUUGUACUGCGCUUCAGCGAUGCUACUUCCCUUUCAGCCGUUCGUCGUCGCGGCCUGUCACACCGGACUUAUGGAGGCUGCUUUUGUUCGCCGAGCUCUCAAACAGCCUAGCCUACAGAAAGCUUACACCUUACACACCAUUUCCACGGUCGUGGGAGGAACGUUAUUUAUUGCCGACGAUAUGUAUCCAGACACGCCCUUUUUGCAUGCUGCUUGGCACAUUGCCGCGGCAGUGGGCGUGACAACAUGCAACAAGCUCCUGAAUUCUUAAGUAUUUUAUUGGUAA